AUGGCCAAUAUUCUGCUUUCCAAGCAUGGAGAUACCAAUAUCAAGACUGUUGGUGUUAAUUGGGCCACAAACUUUAUCAGAGCUAGAACCCGGUUCUCUCGACCUUAUAAUAAUCAGCGUGCUAAGUAUGAAGACCCUCAAAUCAUCAAAGAAUGGUUUGAUCGGGUGCAAAUUACUAUCAUGCAACAUGGGAUCGCGCUUGAAGAUAUCUACAAUUUUGUUGAUGAGACAGGAUAUGCAAUGGGUCUAGUAGCUACUGCCAAGGUGGUUACUAGAGCUGAGAUGAUUGGCCAGCCCUUUAUUGUUCAGCCAGGAAUUCGGGAAUGGGUCACAUCUAUUGAGUGUAUUAACUCUACAAGAUGGGGUCUACCACCAUGCUUAUCUUCAAAGGGAAGGUCCAUAUGGAAAGAUGGUAUCAAGAUGAGGGCUUGCCAAAGGACUGGAGGACUGGAGGAUUGA